AUGGGCGAUACUUCAACUAUGAAUAGCGGCAUGCGCGGAGGCCAGUCAGCAUUUUAUGGGCGGAAUUCAUUCAGUCACAGCAGCACUUCACCGCCAAACUCUGCCUACCGGUCAGAUGUCUUCAGGAACGGUGCGAGUAGAGCCGGUGGUCCAGGCUAUGCAGCCUCUCCCUCAGAUAGGUCAGGUGCAACGCCACUUCUGUCGACAUCGCUAUCUGAUCCGACGACAUUCGGCCAGGACAACCGGCCGGCGUCCGCGAUCAUCAUCCGAAGACUCUCGAGGAGCACGAGUCGCGAGACACUUGCGAGCAUGUUGCUGUUCGCGGGCGACCUCAUCGAUACUGAAUUCAUCCGUUCACCAUAUCCGGAAGACCAAGGCUUUGCUACUGCAGUCGCUCGAUUCCAGUCUCAAGCUGGCGCGGUGGAAGCGCAGCAAAAGCUGAAUGGAAAGCCCAACACCGCAAAGGAGACGAAUAUGGUGGUGGAGCUGCAUAGUUCGGGAAUGAAUGGGGCGUACGAGAGGCGUAAUACAAUCGACGGCACAUCAUCGAGGACACAAACGAGCUCUGCGUCGUCUGCUGGAUCUGCUUCAGGCCCAGCAGGAAGAUCGAGGUAUGGCAACUCAUUCCAGUCUCCCGACAAAGUCUCGCCGCCGUUGCCGACUUCGAGCUCUGGCGGUAGUGGCGACUUCCCCGUUCCCGAGUCGAGCGCGCGGUUCCAGAAUUUAUUCUCUCCCCAGUCGCCGUUGGCAAAUGGGAUCGAUGGCCGUAAUGGCAAACACAUGAUCAACGCCGAUGCAGUCGACGAAGAGACUGGAGAGCUCCUGAAGGAUCCAGUGGCGUACGCGAACAGCGGCCCGCAGCAGGCGCGCAGAGGCACAAACUCACAACUGCCGCUCAACAGGUUUGCAAGCUUGUCUUUGAGCACAAAUAACGAAAACGGGACUAUUACAUCCCCACCACCAAUCAGCCUUACGUCUCCGAGAAAUGCUCAGUCCAUGCAGUCACCAAUGUCACCCGGAAUGGGCCCGAACAGUAGCUACCAGAUGAACUUCCCACGACCGCAAUACCCGCCCGUCAAUCCCGCCGAUCAGAAUCCUCCUUGCAACACCCUUUACGUCGGCAACCUCCCCAUCGACACCUCCGAAGACGAAUUGAAGGCCAUCUUCUCCAAGCAGCGCGGCUACAAGCGCCUGUGCUUCCGCACCAAGCAGAAUGGCCCAAUGUGCUUUGUGGAGUUUGAGGACGUCUCAUUCGCCACCAAAGCGCUCAACGAGCUCUACGGUCAUCCUCUCUCCAACAGCAUCAAAGGCGGCAUCCGUCUCUCCUUCUCCAAAAAUCCGCUUGGCGUCCGUUCAGGCCAGCCAGGGCCAAACGGCAUGGGCGCGCAGCCGGUCAUGAACCCGCACGCCAUGGCGCCUGGUUAUGGGAUGAACGUCGGCGCGCCGAGCUUUAGCGCAGUCUCUGGCCCACCUCCCGGUCUGGGAAGUGGUGCGAGCAUGAUGAGCGCGCCGCAAUUCCGGCCACCACCACCACCACAAAUGGGCAACGGGAUGGACGGGAUGUUCGCCAACCCCUUCGGCAUGCCUUCGCAUGAGUUCGAGGCGCAGAUGGGCUUGCGCAGCAUGGCGGGCAACUUUGCGCCGCAGGGCAUGAAUGGGCCCGCGUACGACCGAGACGGACGGCAGGGCUACAGCAGCUACAGUAUGGGCCGCUAG